UACACCUCACAGCUGAUAAAGAAAGAACGCAGAGUUGAGUUGAAAAAAAAACACAGCCAAACACACAUACACGAAUCUGCUGGCUACGCUGCGUACAGUGAAUCAUAAAUAAACAAUCAACUGCUUUAAUCUCUUGUCUCGGGGCCGAAUUAGUGCCCAGCAAAAAACGAACGAUCAUUUGCAAGAAGCUCACGCGUGUGUGUAAGAGAUAGACCGAUUGUGCAAUGUGGCUCCGUAGCCGGACGUGGUGAAUUGCGUUUUCCCAUCUGCGUAGUGGAAAGCCCCGGAGCUCUCUAGCAGCCGAAGAAAACUAUAACCCCCUACCCGCCACCCACCAUCCACACACCCAACGAGCAGCGAUGAAAUUUCACUUCCUAUCGGCGGCGCACCUGCUGCUCGUGUACCUACUCCCGCUAUCGAUCGACCAGCGACACAGUGCGGUCCGGGCGGGUGACAUCAUCGACAUUACCAGCACCGUGUUCGACAAGCUGACCGAUGCGAUUCCGGCCGCGUACGGCGACUUCAACUCGGACGAGCUGACGGACGUGUUCGUGCUGCGGGACAACUUCCACACGCUGCAGAUACUGCUCGGCAGCGACGACAAGCCGCUGCUCCGGGAGGGUCCGAAGUGUGAGUUCCGGCGGCACAAGAUCACCAGCGUCGUGCCGGGCGACUUUGACGGGGAUGCGUACAUGGACGUGAUGUUUACGGUGCAGCCGGACGGGGGCGACGAUGCCCGGACGUACGUGUACAUCAACUGGGGUGCGGCGGAAGUGAUGAACUGUACGGCGGAGGACGCGAAGCCGCUGAUCGAAAUGGUCGGCCAGCCGCUGGCACUCGACUACGAUAACGACUUUAUCAUCGAUCUGUUCGGCAUGGAUACGGAGCGGAAGCGAACGUUUUGGAUCUUCAAAAAGCCGGACGAUCAUGGCCAGCGGGGACAGUUUACGGUGCCGAUGGAUGGUACGCACGGGGCGGAACUGUCCGUCCCGCAUUCGCACGCGGUGCUCGACCUGAACAAAGACUUUACCGCCGACCUGUUUCUUACGACGACGGCCGGGUUCGAGGUGUGGCUGGGCGUGAACAGCCACGAAAAGUUCCGCUUCAGCCACAAGAUCAACUUCCCCGAGGGCAACUACAACAAGCACGUGGGGCGGGCCAUCUUCCUGGACGUGGAGCUGGACGGCAGCCUGCUGCCCGUGUUCCCGAUGUGCUUCGACGCGAAGUGCGUCAACUCGAGCAUCUUCGUGCACCACGGCAACCAUCUGCACGAUCUGCAGAUCGACUUCAAGGACGACCACAACGACGCGUGGCACUUUGUCGUGCCGGACCGGUCGAGCUGGGCGACGCAGAGCAUAACGCUGCGCGGCGGCGACUUCAACCUGGACGGCUAUCCGGACCUGCUAGCCACGCUGACGAAAUCGGGCGACCAGAUGCAAACCUUCCUGCUGGAGAACGUGCCGUGCGAGAAGAGCGCCUGCAACCACAUGACGCGCACGUUCGUGGUGCGCUGGAAGGCGCUGGCCCCGUUCUCGAACGGUACGAUGAUGGGUUCGUUUUUCGACUUCUACAACGACGGCAUACUGGACGCGAUCUUUGUCGAGCGGCACGGCAAUGGGACGCGACCGGUCGCGUUCCGCAACUCGCUCGAUUACGAUGCCAACUUCGUGAAGGUGAUCGUGCUGACCGGGCUGAGCAAUAGCAGUGGACCGAAGAUUUUAACGCCACUCGGGCGCAAGAAGCGCACGUUCGGGACGAACCUGCCCGGGCCACGGAUCGAGUACAACACGACGACGCAGGACGGGGAACCGCAGCACGGUGCGUCGGCCCAGCUGCCCCAGUCCGCCUACCUGUCGCUGCAUCUGCCGUUCACAACGUUCGGGCUGGGCCGGACGCCCAACUUUGUCGACUCGCUGACGGUGGGGCUGUGGAACCAUUCGCGCACCUGGACGCAGCUCAUACCGAACUCGCAGAUGAUCGUGGUGCCGAACCCGAUCGACGAGCCGGAGCGCUGGAAGGCGCAGCUGUUCGUGACGCCGAGCAAGCUGAUCGUGAUGAGCGUGAUCGCGCUCGGCGUGAUCUGUCUCGUGAUACUGCUGCUGAUACUCAUCCUGUACGCGAAGGAAAAGCGCGAAGAUCGGAUACAGCGCUCGCUCGAGGCGCACCGGUUCCAUUUCGAUGCGAUGUAGAGGAGAGCGGAAGGCAAGGGGUUUUCGGUCGGGGCCAGUGGGUCAGUUUGCGAGCUGAAACGAGGCGGGACACAUGGCAGACCAUUUGUUUUAAUGCUGCGAUACAUACAUACAUAACGUAGACUGUAAUCUAAUUGAUAAAGAACUUACUUACUGUUUUGUUUCUUUUGUUCUUUUUUUUGUUACUCGUGUUUUGCCUGCUUUCUUUUCAAUCAUUUCCUUUCCUAUCGUUUUUCUCAAAUCUGAUACGAUUCCAAUAUGAAUUUGAUUAUAUAUAUAUAUUUUCCUGUCGUACAAGGGCGGGAUUUGACAAAACGGAACAGUGUGUGCUUUUCCUUUUCGAACGUGCGCCUUUAUGUUAACUAUUUAUUACUGUAACGCUAAACGAGAAUAAAGUAAAUCAAAUAAAUAUAGCUAACUAAAAAUCACAAA